AUGGAACACAAGAUUAGUACAACUUCCACAUCAUACAAACUUGAGCGUAAAUGGAGCUUGGUUAAUGCCUUGGCAAAGGAAUUGGCUGAUAUAGGAGAUGAAAUUAAUGGAAGAUUUUCGUAUCCUCUUGAUGGUCUAUCCUAUUCAAACGAAUUGGCCAUGAUGAAAACAUUUUCAAAUUCACCUGGGACAUUCCAACAUUCUGAUUAUCUGAGUUGUAAAAUUGGAUUUAAUUCAAAAGGUGAAGCUAUUCGUUUAUUUUACUAUGCUACACCUGUACUGGUUAUAGCCUACUUGUUCUAUCGAAGAAUCAGUUAA